CGCAGCAUACUAUUUAGGUGGCCGGAUAUCAGCAAAGGGACCAGAAUCAACCUAGAUCUGUUUCUUGAAAUGGUAGAACUGUGCAUCAACAGCAGUUACUUCCGUUUUAGAGACAAGAUUUACCAGCAGACGUUUGGGACGGCUAUGGGCAGCCCCCUAUCACCCAUACUGGCAGAUUACGUCAUGGAAGAUCUGCUCGAAUCAGUCACCAGAAAGCUGCAAUCCACGAUACUGGUCCUGAAGAAAUAUGUGGACGAUCUUUUCCUGGUUCUACCACGAUCAGAGGUUCAAAGAACACUGGACACAUUCAAUGCAUACAACCCACACAUCCAAUUCACUAUCGAGAUGGAAAAGGAUGGCAAACUGCCGUUUCUCGAUACACUAGCAAUCCGCUCCGAUCAUCAGCCCAUCAAGACUCAAUGGUAUUCAAAACCCAUUUCAUCUGGCAGACUCCUGAAUUACCACUCGUUCCACCCGAUGUCAAUGAAGUUGAAUGUGGUAGCCAAUUUCAUCGAACGAGUGAUGCGACUCACCACCGACGAUUCCACCGAGCAACAAAAACAAAAAAUCUUCCAGCUCCUGAGGCUGAACAACUACCCGUCGUCCCUCAUAAACCGAUUAAUCAACCGCAUCCACAACAACACCGCUCAUUCAGCCAACACCGUCCCAUCUAGUGUCAAUGACGAAACGAUUUCCGAUCUUGCGCCACCGCGCACUCAACACCGAACGUCAAUCCUACCACCCACAUCUGUACCACCGAAUUCGCCACCACCUCGCCAUAACACCGCUGCCGCCCCACCAACACCACUUCCACCAUGCCCGCCAACGUCAACAACAGCCCCAAACAUCCUGAUAAACGAUAUUCCAGCACAUCAUCAAACAACCAUCACUUCCGAAGAAGACGAUCAUCAUCAAACCAAUCUAGUCACAUACAGAUCGAUGCCGCACAUCCCCAUGCUCACUAGGACCAUCUCGAACAUCCUGAAAAAAGAGUACAAAAACAUAAGAAUAGCCACACGCAACAUAAAAACAACUAAAUCGCUGCUCAAACCCGUUAAGGACCCAAUACCCCCACACGAUCAAAAUAAUGUAAUUUAUAGCAUUCCAUGCAACGAUUGCAACAAUGUUUACAUCGGAAUGACUACGAAUCAUCUGAAAAAACGAAUAAGUGGUCACAGAUCCGAUAUAAACAGACUUGCCAAUCAACCCUCAGACACCACAGAAGCAAAGACAGCCCUAACCCAACACAUAACCACAGAAAAACACACAUUCAAUCUAGAUGGAACUAAAAUCAUAGAUCGCACUUUACGAUCAACUGCCCUUCCCAUGUUAGAGAUGUGUCACAUCCAAAACACUCCUAACACAGUCAACUACCGAACAGACGUAGAUGGGCUCAACACAACCUAUGUCGGUAUACUCCAUACUAUCAAAACAAACGAUUCCCGUAGGAAGCAAAGAAACGAUAAUGACAACACUACCACAUACAGUUUAGGAUUAGACCAAAUCGACCAGUCGACAUUGUCGUAAAGCUUUUAGCUAUCCGUCCCGCCAUCUUCAAAUUCACCGUUGACCAUUGCUCAGUCUAUCGUCUAGUGUAGUGCAUGUCGUUGAUAAUUACCGUAGUGUCCCAGUGUGUGUGUGUGUGUGUGUGUACUCCAUCUAACACCCACUGUCCGGCAGUGAUAUUAUGGAAGAAAGCAGCCUGCAACACCGUUAUAAUGUCGUUGCAAAUUGCUUUAGUCCGGGAGUUAGACAGUGAUAGCUCUAUUGCAGAUCCGGUGACCCAUUUCAGAAUGGUUGGAGAGACACUCCAUUCAGAAGUCACUUUCACUUACAAUAAGCCCCGCAUGUGUGCACUACCGUUAUCAAAUGGAUAAUGAUAAUACAAACACACUUCCUGUUUUAAAGAAAAUGUCUUCAAAACUGGCGCGUAUUUAGUGAAUCAUAGUAGCAUCAAUAGUAAUCAGAACAAUCUCACCAAAUAUGAUAUGGGCUGCCGGUUCAGCUUCAUCCGAUUCUCCUCGCUGCACCUUAACGCGAGCAUAAUUAGUCAUCAUUUGACCACAUAUUCACUGCACACAUUUUUUCAACUUUACACUUACAAUAUUAAAGCAAAUCACAUAACAUAAACAUCGCACGGUUCAAAAUAACAUAACCGCAUAAAGAACAACAACAGGAUGUACCGAUUUUUUUUCAUUUUUUGCCAAUGUUUCUACUCAAUGUGCAUCGAAAUUAUGCAACACAACACACCACACUUCACUUCGCGUUUCAUGAUGACGAUAUUAUAUACUGCAACACACGUUUGCGUUGCGACAUAAGUAACGUGCGACAAAGAACUGUCGCCCACCAUCUGGAGCACAGACACGCAUGCAACCGAAACUUCCACGCAACGACACGAACAUCAGCCGCGUUCAUCGCACACACUGUUCUGCUUCUGCGCAGUAGCGGUGCUGGAAGAGAAAACGCAAGAGCACACAAAUACAACCACACGCGAGCUAAGUUGAAAAAAAGAACACAACACUCCGUGCGUCCUCUUCAAUGGAAGCCGACAAAGUUUCAUGAAAAAGCAAUUAAUUCACUCUGUUUAAAGCCACAGACAUUCGAAAACACCAUGUUUGCAGUCAUCGCGACAUUGUCUAUUCGUUAAAACACCACUUGGAUUUAAAACUGUUUCUUUUUACUCG